AUGUCAACAAAAUUUUUGCGUAACUGUACAGCAAAGUUGCUGCGUCAUCAGCAGCAGCGAAACUUUCUGCUGCCGCCUAAAUCGGCGGCGUCGCCCAAUGUUAAAAUAAUAAAUAAUGCAUUCGUGCCGAAGCUUGUGUUCAAGUACAGUCCGCUCAAGUAUUAUCUGAGCAAGCUGCGCAUGUGGAAGCUGCGCUGGACCUGGGAUCGAACCUUCAAGGAGCACGAAUUCAUGGAGCAGUCCAAGCAGACGGCCGUCUCAUUGACGGACAUACUGCGGCUGCGGGAUAUGGAGCGAAUGGGAGACUUCUCCACCUCGAAUGCGUACUAUCAACUGGCCAACGAGGGCAUCAGAUUUCCGCAUGAAUCCUGCGCCGAGCUGUUGCGCUUUCGUCAGCAGGACAUACGACAGGCUGUGCCCAUCAAUGUGACUUUGCAAGAUGUUCUGGGACUCAAGUAUGCCAUGAUUGAUGUGGUUAUAGUCGGACUGCGUCACAUGGCCGACUGUGAAACAAACACGGAGCUGGAGCAAAUGAAGAAAGCGCUGAUUGCCAUGGAGCCGGAGCUCACGCUGCAGCUGGAGGAUCCCACUAAGCAGCUGCCCUAUGUGUUCAUCGAGCUCUUUUUGCGCUUCCGGCGGAACUAUUCAAAUGCAGACAGCAACAGCAGCGAAGGCAUUUUGCCCAGCAACACAAACCGUUGGCUGGUGUCUGUCUACAAAAUAAGUCGGUUCAAUAUAUUCACUGUACCGCCAGCAGUUUAG